AUGGACAACAUCGAGGAAGCGUUUGAUGCCGCUCUUCGGAGCGCGGACAGAGCUUUUGAGGAAAGCCAAGAGCGUACAUUGCUGCCUUUGACCAGCAUUCCUUACGCUUUGGAACUACUCGGCCUUGAUCCUGAUGACUCGUUUGUGCUCGAUCUCUUCAAAGACACUGCCGCGCCCAUGACGCCCGGGAAGAUUAGACGUGGCGCAGAAGAUCAAGGCGUGCCAUUCGGCCAAUUUCGACAAGUUUGCGAGGUGUUGCUGUCUUCGACUACAAAGAAAGAGUAUCACAGGCCCGGAUCAAGCUUGAUCCAGCGUGGGCGUCGUCACGGCGUCUCAGUUGACGUCCCCAGCGAAGCCAGUGAAAGCGAGCUUUCUGACUGUCAAGGUUCCGGCGCAGAUGACGAAUACCUCGAUGAUGAAGAGUGUCAGUCAGAAAUCGGGGAAGAUGGCGAUUAUCAUGCUGCAGCGCCACCUCUAUCUUCUAGAGUCACUGCUAAACAGGCAGGAGAAGCAGCUGAGGUGUUGAGAAUCCUCCAGAGUAAGACCGGGAGUAGGCCAGGAGUGCCGUCAACUUCGGGGCUUUCCGCUCAGGACUUACGCGAUAUCGCCGCCAAUGUUGGAGAAAAGCUUUCCGAAAAUGACGCCCAAGAGAUGAUUGAAGAAGCGGUUAAGAUUCGGAAGAUACAGGCCUCGGGAAGGAUUAGUAUUCAAGAAGGUUCUCUCGUGGGCACCGAAGAGCUCAUUGCCGUCCUCCGCAGGCUCAACGGAGCGUGA